AGCUGGUGAGUUCUCCCUACCAAAAGUUUUCGUUAGUAUUUAUAAUUUUCUUUUUCUUCCCAAAACGCACUGGAUUUUCAUUUCAAUUUACGAAAGCAUCCUUGCUGUCAUACGUGGCGAUAUUGGAGCCAAGACUGAUGCAAUUUAACAGUAAAUUGGUUGUAAAGUAAGGGCAAAAACGUCAAAACAAAUUUGGAAAUUAAAAAACCGAAAACGACUCAGCAAUUCCCAAAUCAAAAAGGUAAACGGAACACUAGCAGUUAUUUCCGAGCAACAAGCUUUAGGGUUUUGAAUUUGAUUCCCUUGAUAAUGGCGGCGAUUUACAGUAUUUACAUAAUCGACAAAUCAGGAGGUUUGAUCUUCUAUAAGGAUUAUGGAUCAAAGGGACGCAUGGAUACGAAUGAUAGCUUGAGAGUGGCUAGUUUAUGGCAUUCAAUGGACGCAAUCUCACAUCAGUUAUCGCCUACCACUGGUUGUUCGGGAAUUGAGCUGCUUGAAGCUGAUACAUUUGAUCUCCACUGUUUUCAAUCCCUUACUGGGACAAAGUUCUUUGUGGUCUGUGAGCCUGGGACACAGUGUAUGGAUGCUCUCUUGAAAGUCAUCUAUGAGCUCUGCACAGAUUAUGUUUUGAAGAAUCCGUUCUAUGAGAUGGAGAUGCCAAUACGGUGUGAACUUUUUGACAUCAACCUGACACAGGCAUUGCUGAAGGAUCGGGUUGUGCUGUUGGGCCGAUGAGCUGUCUUGGAACCAGUAUGUCACCAAAAUUUCUCCAUCUCUUAUCUUCAUUUGUACAUUUUCGGUGGAAAAGUGCUGUCAAGUUUGUAUCAGCUAUUUUAACGGUAUAUCUAUCAAACUCGUGUUCAGUUCGUAGAUUGUGUAUUAUAUACAGCAUCUGAUGAUGAUUAGGGGGGAGUUGUUUUUCGGAAUUAACAGUUAAAAAUUGGUUUGAUCAGCUGUUCUCAAAUUAAGUUUUCAUGUUCGUUGAAAGUAAAAUUAAUAGCAGAACAUAUCUUGUAAAUGAAGUGUUGCUAGUGAAUCAUUUGCACUAAAGUUUCUGCAACUGAAAUCUCUCCAGCAUGCUAUGUUCUUAUCAGGAAGGACAACCUUUACUUCACGCGUCGAAGUUUCAGCUUGCCCUGUCUCUGCACUCAAGGACAAAACAUCCUUUAGAUUUAUCCUGCAAUACCAAGUGCCAGCAAUCAUAUUCAUGGUUGGAAAAGAAAGGAAAAAUGGAAAGAGUAAAAAAGUUAUGAAUUACUAUUCCUUAUCGCCUUCAACCUUGGUAGAAAAGAAACUACUAAGUAGGAAAAGAUAGGAAAAAAGUGAAAAGAAUCACUGGGGGGAAAAAGGGAACUGAAAGAUAAAAUAAAUAAAUAAAUAAGAAAGGAAACUUGGGUCGUUUCCCUCGUUAGAACAUCCUUGGAGUAUUUGUGCUUGUCUUGCAUAUGUGGUCUUGAUUGGUUUGUUUUCUAUUCCGUUGAGACAUCAAGUAUUGGUUAUGUUCAAGUAAAAUUCACCUUCAGAUCUACAUAGCUCUUUGGUUCAUGAUUCCAUAUUGGAGUAAACCGUACAAAUACAUAUGCAUCAAUAUACGAAUUCAGAAAAGAUAAGAAAAUGCACCAUUCAUUCAAAUAUAGUAAUACAGAUUUUUUAAGUUCGUAAACAUGAAACUCGGAAAAUGCCAAAAAGAACCAAGACAACCUUUGUCUUUGAUGCCAACCAACCAGAUAACUAGUUUCUUACAUCUAGCCAUCUCUCUCACUUGACAGAAGGAUAGUUGAUCUUGUUCAACUGAUAGGGAGUCUCCCUGUUUUCAUCCGAAUCUUGUAAAGACUUUUUCUGGAAAGUCUCGCCCUGUUUUAUGCUUCAACAAGAAUGUCAACUCCAUAGAUGUUUCUGCACAACCAAUCACCAUUAUCUACCACCCCAUUUCUCAAUUUCCGUUUCUUUUCCAAUUCUUUUAACCCUUUCUUCACUCAUUUCUUCAUGUCCCUUCUAAUCCUUCCACUCGUAUUCUUCAAGUAAAUUCUUGAUUUCAUGUAUGAAUUGAAAAUGACACAACAUUUGCAUUUAAUUUGCUAGCUUGUUAAUGACAAAACUCAUUUGUCGCUGUUCCAUAUAUUAGAUGGACAAACAAUUGACUGGGUCUUAGAAUGUUUUCUUUAUCUUACGCUAAGUAGAAUACUAAUAAAAAUUGAUUGAAAGAGAAAAUGGAGAUGUAUUUCUUACACGCGUUUUCAACUGUUUACUGUAUAUCUUAGCUGUCUACAGAUAAUUUCAACCAUACGAGCAAUGAAGCAAAGAGAGACCAUUUCGUUGAGUUCUUACAUGUAUUAUAGUAGCUAUUACCCAGUAAAAUGCAGGAAAAAUGGUUUACCAACUGCCCUCAUAUUGAAAAAGAUAAUGCCAUGGAGAUGACUUCCCUUUGCCAAUCCAUUUAUUUUAUUGACAAGUUGGAAAUGCCAAUAUGCCUUGAGAACAUGAAACCAUUCGGUCUAAGAAGGGGAAAAAUGUGUAAAAGCGAAGUCUUCUUGGAAGUUGGAACCUCUGCACACAUUCAUUAAAAUCAAGUAAAGGCCUAGAAGUUUUCUCCUGACAGCCUAAAUUUGUCUCUUUUUCCAUGUUCAAAGAAAAAAAAUUCAUAUGUACAUGCAGCUCACCAAUCUGUCGGCUUAGUCCAACAAAAGUUUGGAAAGAAUAGAGAAUUUGAUCUUUAGUGUGAAGGAGAGUAGAACUUGAACUAAUUGUGAAAAGAGAUACGUCUCAAAA